UUAGUUCAAGUUCGCGGAAGACGAAGGAGAAGUUCUCAAUUAGAUCAAUUUAUUCGGAUUUUCAAAGUGCAAAGUGUACUAACUUUAUGCGAGAGGAAGAUUUAUGUUAUUCUUCCUGCUGGCUCUAUUCGUAGCCAUUUUCCUGCAACAAUUGUUCCGGCGUUUCCGAAACGAGACACCAGGCGGCUUAAGGUUAAUGGACUCGGGUAUCUACGUGAUGUCAGUUUCGGAAUCAGUGGAGGCGAGAAGCGAGACCGUGGAGGGUAGCACAGAUACAGACACCGGAAGCGGGUCCGAGGAGUUCGUGUUCCUCGAGGACGGAGAGAGCGGAGACGUCGAUCUGAGCGACGUCGUGGUGAAGAUGAGCGAGGAGGCGGUGCAAUGGACCCUCGGCGACGAGGCCCGUGAGGAGGCGGAGGACACUUUUCCUUCGGGAAUCGAAACGGCGACGACCGUGCCCCCAGUCUCAUCAUCGAAUGGACAAGGAGGUCUCACCUCGGAACAGAGAACAGCACUGAUAGAGAAACGUAGAAGACUAAAGCCGAGCAUGUCUCAGGGCACGGUCAUGCUUCACAACAGGAUGCAGGAGAAGGAUUUCAUCGUCGCGACGCCGGAGGUUUUCGUGAAGCGAUUCAACGGCACCAAAGUCAUCAACAAGGUUUUGAUCGCCAACAAUGGAAUUGCAGCUGUGAAAUGCAUGCGUUCCGUCCGCAGAUGGUCGUACGAGAUGUUCAAGAACGAGAGGGCCGUGAGAUUCGUGGUGAUGGUGACUCCUGAAGAUCUGAAGGCGAACGCCGAAUACAUAAAGAUGGCGGAUCAUUACGUUCCGGUUCCGGGUGGAACGAACAACAACAACUACGCGAACGUCGAGCUGAUCAUCGACAUAGCCAUAAGGCAGCAGGUGCAAGCCGUCUGGGCCGGCUGGGGUCACGCCUCAGAGAACCCGAAACUCCCGGAACUUCUUCACAAGAACAACAUCGCCUUCAUCGGUCCACCGGAGAAAGCCAUGUGGGCACUCGGAGAUAAAAUCGCUUCGUCGAUCGUCGCGCAGACCGCCGAAAUCCCGACCCUUCCGUGGUCCGGAUCAGAGCUGAAAGCUCAAUACAGCGGCAAAAAGAUCAAGAUCUCGUCGGAACUGUUCGCCAGAGGUUGCGUGCAUUCUGCGGAGGAAGGUCUGAUGGCGGCGCAGAAGAUCGGUUUCCCUGUGAUGAUUAAAGCUUCGGAAGGAGGCGGCGGCAAAGGCAUCAGGAAGGUGGACAACGCCGAAGACUUCGCGCAAGCUUUCAGGCAGGUGCAAGCCGAGGUGCCCGGAUCACCGAUCUUCGUGAUGAAGCUCGCCAAGUGCGCUCGCCAUUUGGAGGUGCAACUUUUAGCCGAUCAGUACGGAAACGCGAUUUCGCUGUUCGGACGUGAUUGUUCCAUCCAGAGGAGACAUCAGAAGAUCAUCGAAGAAGCUCCAGCUGUGAUCGCCGAACCUUCCGUGUUCGAAGACAUGGAGAAGGCUGCCGUGAGAUUAGCAAAGAUGGUCGGUUACGUUUCCGCCGGAACUGUGGAAUACCUGUACGACACGUCCGGGCAGUAUUACUUCCUCGAGUUGAAUCCGCGUCUGCAGGUGGAGCAUCCCUGCACGGAGAUGGUGUCCGACGUGAACUUACCGGCGGCACAAUUGCAAAUCGCCAUGGGUUUGCCUCUGCACUACAUCAAGGACAUCCGUCUGCUUUACGGUGAAUCGCCGUGGGGAAUGACGGAGAUCGAUUUCGAUCAGCCGAAGCAUAAACCGCAACCGUGGGGACACGUGAUUGCCGCUAGGAUCACCUCGGAGAAUCCCGACGAAGGCUUCAAACCGAGCUCAGGGACGGUGCAAGAGUUGAAUUUCCGUUCCUCGAAGAACGUCUGGGGUUACUUCUCAGUCGCCGCUUCCGGUGGUCUCCACGAGUUCGCCGAUUCCCAGUUCGGUCAUUGCUUCUCGUGGGGAGAGAACCGUGAGCAAGCGCGCGAAAAUCUCGUUAUAGCUCUGAAAGAGUUGAGCAUUCGCGGCGAUUUCAGGACCACCGUAGAAUAUCUGAUCACUCUUCUCGAGACGAAGAGUUUCCAGGAGAAUACCAUAGACACGGCGUGGUUGGACAUCCUGAUUUCAGAGAGAAUGCAAUCGGAGAAGCCCGAUAUAAUGUUGGGCGUGAUGUGCGGAUCUUUGCAUAUCGCCGACAAGACGAUCUCCACCUCCUUCCAGGAGUUCCAGAACUCGCUGGAGCGUGGACAAGUGCAAGGCUCGAACACUCUGAACAACGUGGUGGACGUCGAGCUCAUAAACGACGGCUCCAAGUACAAAAUACAAGCGACCAAGAGCGGCGCCAAUUCCUAUUUCCUAGUCAUGAACGGCUCCUUCAAGGAGAUCGAGAUUCACCGUCUCAGCGAUGGAGGCAUCCUGCUCUCGGUCGAUGGAUCAUCCUUCACGACAUACAUGAAGGAGGAGGUGGAUCACUACAGAAUAGUCAUCGGAAAUCAGACGUGCGUCUUCGAGAAGGAGAACGAUCCGACUCUGCUGCGAUCACCGUCAGCCGGUAAACUCAUCAGCUUCUUGGUGGACGAUGGAACGCACAUUUUCAGAGGUCAGGCGUACGCCGAAAUCGAAGUGAUGAAGAUGGUCAUGACGUUGACGUCGACCGAAUCCGGUCUGUUGUAUUACGCGAAACGACCGGGCGCAGUGAUGGAACCAGGAUCGAUAAUCGCUACAAUCGAAUUGGACGAUCCAUGUUUGGUGGCGAAGGCGCAACUGUACAAAGGGCCGUUCCCCGAGCUGGACGUCUCGCAUCCCGUUGCUUCCGAUAAACUCAAUCACAUCCACAACAGCUACAAGUCGAUACUGGAGAAUCAUCUAGCAGGUUUCUGUUUGCCGGAACCGUACAAUGCGCCGCGUCUGAGGGAGGUCAUCGAGAAAUUCAUGUCCUCUCUGCGCGAUCCCAGUUUGCCGCUCUUGGAGAUGCAGGAAGUGAUUGCGAGUAUUUCCGGUCGUAUCCCAGCCGCCGUCGAGAAGAAAAUCAGGAAACUGAUGGCGCUGUACGAGAGGAACAUCACGUCGGUUUUGGCGCAAUUCCCGAGUCAGCAAAUCGCCAGCGUCAUCGACAGUCACGCGGCGAGCAUGCAGAAACGCACCGAACGCGACGGUUUCUUCUUGGCCACCGAAGGUAUAGUACAGCUGGUGCAGCGGUAUCGAAACGGGAUUCGCGGUAGGAUGAAGGCCGCCGUUCACGAUCUGCUCAAACACUACUACCUGGUGGAGAGUCAAUUCCAGUUGGGUCACUACGACAAGUGCGUGAGCGUGCUCAGGGAUAAGAACAAGGACGAUAUGGCUGCCGUGACCGCUACGAUCUUCUCGCACGGACAGGUGGCGAAGAAGAACAUGCUGGUGACGAUGCUCAUAGAUCAUCUGUGGUCCAACGAACCGGGUCUGACCGAUGAAUUGGCCGCCUCUUUGAACGAGCUGACGACAUUAAAUAGAAGCGAACAUUCCCGCGUCGCUUUAAGAGCCAGACAAGUGCUGAUCGCCGCCCAUCAACCGGCUUACGAGUUGAGACACAACCAGAUGGAGAGCAUCUUCUUAUCAGCAGUCGACAUGUACGGUCACGAAUUCCAUCCGGAGAAUCUGCAGAAGCUCAUCGUUUCCGAAACAUCCAUCUUCGACAUUCUGCACGACUUCUUCUACCACACCAAUCGCGCCGUCUGCAACGCUGCAUUGGAGGUUUACGUGAGGAGAGCGUACACCAGUUACGACAUAACUUGCCUUCAGCACGUCGAGCUGAGCGGUGAAGUCCCCUUGGUGCAUUUCCAAUUCCUGUUGCCGCCCAGCCAUCCGAACCGUCUGAUAAAAUUGGAUUGCAUCAAAGAGGACGGCGAAACGGUCAAAAUCUACGACUCGUUCCAGCGGACCGGCUGCAUGUCCGCUUUCGAGAGCUUCCAGCAGUUCGAAACGUACGCCGACGAAAUCUUCGAUCUGAUCGCCGAUUUCUCCAGCCCCGCUUCGGUCUGCGUCAAAGAUAUGCAGGUUCUCGAGAGCGGAAGCGAAUCCCGCGCGGAUUCCACCAGCAUCAACGUGAGUCUCAGUUUGGAUGGACAGCGACAGAUACCGGAGGACGAUAGUCUGCAAGAGCCAAUCCACAUUCUGCACAUCGGCGUCAAGGAUAGAGGUGAUGCCGACGAUUCCACGAUGAGCAAGAUCUUUGGGUCGUUCUGUUUGCGGCACAAGGAGGAGCUCGAGAACAGGGGAAUUCGUCGCAUCACUUUUGCGGCGCUCAAGAACAAACAGUUUCCGAAGUUCUUCACGUACAGAUCGCGGGACGAUUUCAAGGAGGAUCGUAUCUACAGGCAUCUGGAACCGGCGUGCGCCUUCCAAUUGGAACUGAACCGUAUGCGCAGUUACAAUCUGGAAGCGCUGCCCACUUCCAAUCAGAAGAUGCACCUGUAUUUGGGUAAAGCCAAAGUCGCACCGGGAUUGGAUGUUACUGACUAUCGUUUCUUCAUCCGCUCCAUCAUCAGACAUUCGGAUCUGAUCACCAAGGAGGCGUCGUUCGAGUACCUGCAGAACGAGGGAGAACGGGUCCUCCUGGAGGCGAUGGACGAACUGGAGGUUGCGUUCUCGCAUCCGCAAUCUCGACGUACUGAUUGCAAUCACAUCUUCCUGAACUUCAUACCGACGGUCAUCAUGGAUCCAGCUAAGAUUGAAGAAGCUGUUACGAACAUGGUGAUGCGUUACGGACCGCGCCUUUGGAAGUUACGCGUGCUGCAAGCAGAGCUGAAGAUGACCAUCAGGUCAGCACCUAACGCUUCGACCACCACAGUUCGCCUGUGCAUCGCCAACGAUAGCGGUUACUAUCUGGACAUCAGCAUGUACACUGAAGUCGUCGAUCCGGAUACGGGAACUAUCCGUUUCGAAGCUUACGGAUUGAAGCAGGGCUCGAUGCACGGUCUAGCCAUCUCCACUCCGUACUUGGCCAAAGACUAUCUUCAGCAGAAGAGGUUCCAGGCGCAAUCUGCCGGCACCACGUACGUGUACGAUUAUCCAGACAUGUUCAGGCAGAUGGUCGAUCUGCAGUGGAAGAAGUACAGCCAGGAGAGGAUGUCCGAGGUGAUAGCCAUCCCGGAGAAGCAGAUGGACUGCAUAGAGUUGGUGUUGGAUGCUGAAACGGAGACGAGGUUGUACGAGCAGAAACGCGUACCCGGAGAGAACAACGUUGGUAUGGUUGCAUGGCGUUUGACUCUCUACACUCCGGAAUAUCCGGAAGGUAGGGACAUCAUCGUCAUCGCCAACGACAUCACCUUCUUGAUUGGAUCGUUCGGACCUAGAGAAGACAAGGUCUUCUACUUGGCUAGCGAACUUUCUAGGGAAUUGAAAAUACCAAGAAUAUACAUUGCUGCUAACAGUGGAGCCCGCAUUGGACUUGCCGAAGAAGUGAAGUGCCUUUUCAAAGUCGCUUGGGAAGAUCCCAAAGAACCUGAUCAUGGUUUCAGGUAUCUCUAUUUAACACCUGAAGACUACGCCAAGGUCAGUUCGUUGAAUUCGGUGCGCGCCGUUCUCAUCGAAGACGAGGGCGAAUCCAGAUACAAAAUCACAGAUGUCAUCGGCAAAGGUGAAGGUUUGGGAGUGGAGAAUCUGCGAUGGGCCGGUAUGAUCGCCGGAGAAACGUCGAAAGCCUACAAAGAAGUCGUCACGAUUUCUAUGGUUUCGUGCAGAGCUAUCGGUAUUGGUUCGUACCUGGUGCGUCUCGGACAGAGGGUCAUCCAGAUCGAGAACUCUCACAUCAUCCUCACCGGUUACGCCGCACUCAACAAACUCCUGGGUCGCGAAGUGUACGCGUCGAACAAUCAGCUUGGUGGUAUUCAGAUCAUGCACAACAACGGCAUCAGUCACAAGACGGAUCAGAGCGAUCUGGAGGGCAUCUUCACCAUCCUCAAAUGGUUAUCCUACAUUCCCAAAGACAAGAUGUCGCCGGUGCCGAUCAUCAAACCGGUGGACACGAUCGAUCGCGAGAUCGAUUUCAUUCCGACGAAGGCGCCGUACGAUCCGCGCUGGAUGCUGGCCGGUCGCCAGAACCCCAACAACCUGGAGGAAUGGGAGAGCGGAUUCUUCGACAAGGGCUCGUGGUCGGAGAUCAUGGAGCCGUGGGCGCAGACGGUGGUAACAGGAAGAGCACGAUUGGGCGGCAUCCCCGUCGGCGUCAUAGCCGUGGAAACGAGAACAGUCGAACUGACGAUGCCCGCAGAUCCCGCUAACCUCGACUCGGAAGCCAAGACCGUCUCGCAAGCAGGACAAGUCUGGUUCCCCGAUUCCGCUUACAAAACGGCGCAAGUUAUCCAGGACUUUGGCAAGGAAGAUCUGCCGUUGAUAAUCUUCGCGAAUUGGCGCGGCUUCAGCGGCGGCAUGAAGGACAUGUACGAGCAGAUCAUGAAGUUCGGCGCUUACAUCGUCGACGGUCUCAGCUCUUACACUAAACCUGUCCUCAUCUACAUCCCGCCCAACGGUGAGUUGAGAGGUGGAGCUUGGGCCGUCGUCGAUCCGUCGAUAAACUCACGGUACAUGGAGAUGUACGCCGAUCCGGAUUCGCGAGGCGGCGUCUUGGAGCCAGAGGGUACCGUCGAGAUCAAGUACAGGAAGAAGGAUCUGCUGAAGACGAUGCACCGCGUCGACGUUGAGCUGAAGAAGUUGGACGAGGCGCUGAAGAAGGCGAGCGUGCAACCGCCUCAAUUGGAUAUCCACGAGAGGCGCAGCAGCGUCACCGUGGAGACGAAAAAAUCGUCGGAGGUUAUCGAGAUCGAAGGCAAAAUCACGGAGCGCGAGAACCAUUUGCUACCUAUCUACCAUCAAGUGGCCGUGCAUUUCGCCGAUAUGCACGACACACCUGUGAGGAUGCAAGAGAAGGAGGUUAUCUUGGACGUAGUGCCGUGGAGAAAGUCGCGUACAAUUCUGUACUGGAGGAUGAGAAGGCUUCUGCUGCAGGACAGCAUCAUCACGUCUCUGCUCGCGGCGCAACCGAACUUGGGCGUCGGACAAGGAGAAGCCAUGCUCAGAAGAUGGUUCGUCGAGGACAAGGGUGCCGCCGAAGGUUACAAAUGGGACAACAACGAGACCAUAGUGCAAUGGCUCGAAGAUCAGCUGGCGAAUCCGUCGAUGCUCUCCUACAAUUUGCAUUGCGUGAAGAAGGACGCGGUCAUAACGCAAAUUGAAAAAUCACUAGAUGAUUGCCCUGACAUGCUUCUGGACACCGUCUUCAAGAUCCUAUCGAAGCUGAACGACAACCAGAAGGCUGAGGUGAUCAGGACGCUGUCGCAGGUGAACCAAACGGACACGACGGAGACGACGUAACACCUCACAUGCAACAAUUCCAAUU